AUCACAAGCGCUGAAGCAGGGAAAAGCCAAACACAUAGAACAUCAAUGUGCAAAAAUAAAAGUCAUAAUACAGAGGACAAUCAUUAUGGAGUUCUGUGAAGGUUGGAGGCAACAGGGAAUAAAGUGAAAGAUAAAAUAAGUCAAAAGGAAAAAGGAGCUUUUCAUAUUUUGUUUUUUUUUAAAACACCUUUUUUUAUCUUUCCUUUGCAAGACAGGGUGCAUCUUAAUGUUAGUCUAGAUGUUUAUCAAUAAUUUAAAACUGUGCGUCUGUAUCAGAGAUACCAUGUGCAGAGGAUGUGGACCCCUGAGUGAUUUGGAAGGGGAAUUGACAAUCUUAAAACAAUAAUACAGGACUAUUUACUUGGGAUUUAUCGUUUGUAAAGGACAAGCGGAAUAAAAAGGGGAUUGUAUUGAAUCUCAUGGUGACUGCAAAGAAUCCUGAUGAGGGGAUGCCUGACUUCAUCUGCUGUAGUGUGAGUCAGUGAUGGAGAGCACUAUGUGGAAGGAAUAAAACAAGUGCACUUUGGUUUGAUUAUUUUUUUUAAUCUAUUUUUAUUUUUUUUACUUUUUUUCAGUUAUUUAUUUCGUUUUUCUAUUUUCAUCAACAUUUUUUUUUUUGGAGAUGAUUGUGUUAUUUUUACUGGCGUGCAUUGUGGAUGGGCUGCUUUCCCAGCUAAGCUACAAGGUGCAAGAGGAGAGGGACCAUGGCACUUUUGUGGGAAAUAUCGCUGAGGAUUUGGGCAUGGACAUUACAAAACUCUCCAGUCGCAGGUUUCAAACUGCACCCAACUCCAGGAGCCCUUACCUGGAGCUGAACCUGGAGAAUGGGGUGCUGUAUGUCAACGAAAAGAUCGACAGAGAGCUUAUCUGCAAGCAGAACCCAUCCUGCCUGCUCCACCUGGAAGUCUUCUUGGAGAACCCUUUAGAGUUCUUCCGAGUGGAAAUCGAAGUCUUGGACAUUAAUGACAACACUCCUGCCUUCCCAGAGCCUGAGAUCCAUGUGGAGAUCUCUGAGAGCGCAACCCCGGGUACCCGCUUCCCGCUAGAGAGCGCCUACGACCCUGACGUGGGCAAUAACUCCCUGCAAACCUAUGAGAUAACAACCAACAACUAUUUCACCUUGGACGUACAGACCCAGGGAGAUGGCAACAAAGUAGCCGAGCUGGUGCUGGAGAAGCCGCUGGACAGGGAGCAGCAAGCAACCCACAGGUAUGUGCUGACUGCUGUAGAUGGGGGUGUCCCUAAGACGACCGGCACUGCUCUCCUCUCCAUCAAAGUGUUGGACUCCAACGAUAAUGUGCCUGUCUUUGAUCAAUCGGUCUACACCGUGUCCCUGCCGGAGAACUCGCCAGCGGGCACCCUGGUCAUCCAGCUCAAUGCCACCGACCGAGAUGAAGGUCAAAACGGGGAGGUGGUGUAUUCGUUCAGCAGUCACAACUCUCCGCGAGUCCGGGAGAUCUUCGGCAUAGAUCCUAGGACGGGUCGCAUGGAGAUCACCGGAGAGCUGGACUACGAGGAGAGCAGCAUGUACCAGGUGUAUGUCCAAGCCAAAGACAUGGGGCCAAAUGCCGUGCCCGCUCACUGCAAAGUCUUGGUGAAGGUGCUGGACCUGAACGACAACCCGCCGGAGAUCACCUUCAGUACGGUGAAGGAUGCAGUGAGUGAGGGCGCCCCCCCGGGCACAGUAGUGGCUCUUUUCAGCGUGACAGACAGGGAUUCGGAGGAGAACGGUCAGAUCCACUGCGAGAUACUCGGUGACGUUCCAUUCCGUCUCAAACUCUCCUACAAGAAUUACUACACUAUCGUAACUGAUGGAACUCUGGACCGGGAACUGGUGGCUUCCUACACGGUGAAAGUGCUCGCCAGGGACAGAGGCACCCCGCCCCUUAGCUCCACCAAAUCUAUCCAGGUGCAGGUAGCCGAUGUGAACGAUAACGCACCCCGUUUCACCGAGGCAAUGUAUAAUGUGCGUGUGAAUGAGAACAAUGUACCUGGGGCUUAUAUCUCGGCAGUGACUGCCACAGACAAGGACGAGGACAAGAACGCUGAGAUCUCCUACCACAUUCUGAAAUGUGACAUCCAGGGAAUGCCGCUUGAUACCUAUGUGUCCAUCAACUCGGAGAAUGGAUACCUCUAUGCCCUGCGUAGCUUUGACUAUGAGCUGCUCAAGGUCUUCAGCUUUGUGGUGGAGGCCAGGGAUGGUGGCUCUCCUCCUCUGUCCAGCAAUGCCACCGUUAACAUCAUCAUAUUGGACCAGAAUGACAACGCACCCUCUAUAGUUUCUCCCCAAUGUAGCAAUGGGACUGCCAAGGAGCUCCUGCCCAGGUCUGCAGAACCAGGCUACCUGUUUACCAAGGUGGUCGCCACGGACUCAGAUGAAGGUGAAAAUGCUAGGUUAACCUACAGUAUUUUGCGAGGCAAUGACAUGAGUUUAUUCCGUAUGGACUGGAGGAGUGGGGAGCUAAGGACAGCCCGAAAGGUAACUACUAAGAGGGACCCCCACAAACCGUUUGAGUUAGUGGUGGAGGUUAGGGACCAUGGACAGCCACCUCUCUCCUCCACCGCCCUUAUCCAGGUCCAGAUAGUAGACAGCUCAGUGGAGAGGCGGGGGGGAGACCAGCGGCCCAGCCGCUCCAAUGACACAGCCUUGGACCUCACCCUUAUCCUUAUCAUAGCCCUGGGCUCGUUGUCUUUUAUCUUUCUGCUGGCCAUGAUAGUGCUGGCCAUCAGGUGUCAGAAGGAGAAGAAGCUGAACAUCUACAGCUGCCUGGCCAGUGACUGCUGUAUGUGCUGUUGCUCCUGCUGUAGCAGGCAAGCCCGGGCACGGAAGAAGAAGCUCAGUAAAUCAGACAUCAUGCUAGUGCAAAGUUCCAAUGUGCCCAACGCUACCCAAGUGCCAGUGGAGGAGUCAGGGAGCUUCGGCUCUCACCAUCAUAACCAGAAUUACUGCUAUCAGGUCUGCCUGACCCCAGAGUCUGCCAAAACAGAUCUGAUGUUCCUCAAGCCUUGCAGCCCAUCCAGGAGCACGGACACCGAGCACAAUCCGUGCGGGGCUAUAGUUACAGGGUAUGCUGACCAGCAGCCAGAUAUCAUCUCUAAUGGCAGCAUUCUAUCCAGUGAGAAUAAACAUCAACGCACAGAACUCAGUUAUCUAGUUGACAGACCACGACGGGUAAACAGUUCUGCAUUCCAGGAAGCAGACAUAGUAAGCUCUAAGGAUAGUGGGCAUGGAGACAGCGAGCAAGGAGACAGUGAUCAUGACGCCACUAAUCGAGGUCAAUCCUCUGGUGCUGAUCUAUUCUCUAAUUGCACAGAAGAGUGCAAGGCUCUGGGUCACUCAGAUCGCUGCUGGAUGCCAUCUUUUGUGCCCUCUGCUGAUGGCCGGCAGGCAGCGGACUACCGCAGCAACCUUCAUGUGCCUGGCAUGGACUCAGUUCCGGACACUGAGGUGUUUGAAGCACCUGAAGUGCAGUCAGGAGGGGAAAGAUCCUUUUCUACAUUUGGCAAGGAGAAAGCAUUACAAGGGCUGACAGGGGUUGGCAAUGGAAGUGGAGGAGGUAGUACGCAAGAAAGGAAAGAGCUGGAUGGCCUGCUCUCUGGCACCAGAGCGCCUUAUAAGCCCCCCUAUCUGACGCGGAAAAGGAUAUGCUAGUCAAAUCUACAGGACUUACCUGAAGCAGCAUGAUUUGCACAAGUUGACCAACAAAAGCAUCAACUUUUCAACUUCAUUAUCUUGGCUAUCAAUCUCCGUAUUAUUGAAGGAUUAUUAGUCUGCUGCUGAAGACAUGGCCAAUAUUAGGACCUUACUGCUCUCAGCAGGCCUGAGAAAUGAGUUGAAAUGUGAAGAAGAACUGUAGAAACUGGAGAGGCAACCGAACUUGCCUCCAUUAUCAGUGUGUGCCUGUUUACAGCACUAUAUAUCUUUCUUUCUCCAAAAUGUCACUGAGCCCUUUAGAUGUUUCUAUUCACCACAAGAAGCCAAUCGUACAAAUAGAACGUGCAUUAUAAAUGCAAUAUCACUGUUUUAAACUUGACUGUUUUAUAUUAUUUUGUGUGAUCAAGUGUUUCCCAAAUUAUCUAAACUUUACAAGACAGAUUGUGAUCAUGUUAUUUUCACCAGUGGGUCAUCAAAAUGUUGUUUAUCUACUGACCCACAAAAUAUCAAAGACAUUCUGUAGUUUAUACACCGUGUUGCAAAGUGUUUACUGUACUAUUUCAAAGCUUCUAAAUAAAUAUAAAGUAUAUAUUAUAUUAUAUAAUUUUCUGAAAAAGUGGUACAGUUAGUUGAUUUAUAAAUUGAUUCAUACAGACCACACUAUAAACACCAACCAACAAGUCAGGUCCUAAAUAAUUUAUCGUUUGACAUAAUUCUUGAAUAAUGUUUCGUAAUAAUAAAAUUGGACCAAUUACUGUUCACCCUUUAAAAAAACAAAAAAAAGCUGUAAGCUACAUCAAUUUGUACGGACCUUUCAAUACCAAAGAUGCAGCUUUCCAGAUUGAGCACUAUGACCUAUUGAGGCAUAUUUUGAUCUUCCUUAUUUUAACUCUGUGGCUUUUAAUUUUACUAUUACAAAUAAGUUUUAUAAAAAAUGAAUUGAUCUGUAUAUGUUGUUAAAACACAACGCUGGAUACUCUGUACAGUUUGAAAUUGUAAAAUAUGUAUCUGAAGAUUACUAUUUUGAAAGAUUAGCCCCAAAUCAUAUAACUUAACACGUAUCUUUCUCUAGCAUAGUUUUGUGGAAACUUGAAAUAUAUAUAUAUCUUCUAAUCCUGCCUAGAAAUGUUUUUUAAUAGACAAAUCAUGAAACAUAGUGUUUUCCAAUUCAUUUUUUACACAGCAAAAUUUAGGACCAUUUCACAUUAUUAAACACUUCAAUA